GACGCGAUAUGGUGCACGUCAUUAACGUGAGACCGUAUUCACCAAACACACAACAGUGACUUCCGCGAUCGAUGCUGGCAGAAAACAAACCGGAGAACUGACAUCGCAGAGAAGAAAUAAAACUCUUCUUUGUCAAACACCUGCCCGUUAUGGUAUGGAGAGCCCGAAUAGGGUGAAUGCAUUCUGGGGACAGAGCGAGACAAAGAGGAUCAGCGCGUGCGGGAGGACGCACCUGCGUACAGGUGUCUGACGGAACCGGCCGGAGACCUCUGGACCGGCUGCGCUCUUUCAUCCGAACCCUCUGCCGGCUCCCGCUGUCCCUGCUGCAAGCUCUGCUUCUGUUUCUCUUGUGGCUGUACCGGCCGAUCCGCCGAACCAUGGCGGCCAGUGCCAAAGAUCCCGGAUCGGAUGUCUGCGAUGACACCGGAGAGCUGAUACGGAACUAUCACAAACAAGCGUUUGAGUUCAUUUCUCUGGCUCUGCAGAUCGAUGAGGAUGAUAAAGGUGAUAAAGACAAGGCGGUGCAGUGGUACAGAAAAGGCAUCACAGAACUGGAGAAGGGCAUCUGUAUCCAGGUCACUGGAGCUGGUGAGAAGGCAAACAGAGCCAGAAAGCUUCAGGACAAAAUGAUCAAGAACCUCACCAUGGCCAAAGACCGGCUGGAGCUUCUGGGCAAACUGCUUUCAAAGUCCCCAACAGAGGGCUGCUCUGAUCACACCAGCCUUUCUUUCUCCAAUGGGAACCCAGUUACAGGCAGGGGAGCAGUUUCUAAAAAGAAGGACACUCUCACAAUCACAAAUCAAACCCAUCAGCGCCCCAAAAACCCUCCCAGAUCUGCCCAGAAUGCAACUGCCCUGCACCGCACACCUUCGACCGGUCACGGUGGCAGGACCGGUCCUCAGAACAACCAGAAGGGGCCCUCGGCUAAAGGAGGUAACAGACAUAACGUGAGAGCCGGCAACACUGCCACUGCGUCACCUCAGAGGAAAAGAGACAUGAAGAACUUUAAAAAUGUGGACAGCAAACUGGCCAGCCUCAUCCUCAACGAGAUUGUAGACAGCGGGGCAGCGGUGCAGUUUAAUGACAUAGCAGGGCAGGAUUUGGCGAAGCAGGCGCUGCAGGAAAUCGUUAUCUUGCCUGCUCUUCGUCCAGAGCUGUUUACUGGUCUCAGGGCUCCUGCCAGAGGACUCCUGCUCUUCGGCCCCCCUGGCAAUGGGAAGACCAUGCUGGCGAAAGCGGUUGCGAUGGAAUCUAACGCUACGUUUUUCAACAUCAGUGCUGCCACUCUCACCUCCAAAUACGUGGGAGAGGGUGAGAAACUGGUCCGAGCUUUGUUUGCGGUUGCUAGGGAACUGCAGCCGUCAAUCAUCUUCAUCGAUGAGAUUGACAGUCUGCUGUGCGAGAGGAGAGAGGGCGAGCAUGACGCCAGCAGAAGACUCAAAACUGAGUUUCUCAUCGAGUUUGAUGGAGUGCAGUCAGGAGGAGAUGAACGUGUGUUAGUAAUGGGAGCCACUAACAGACCUCAGGAGCUUGACGAAGCUGUUCUUAGGCGAUUCGCUAAACGCAUUUAUGUGGCAUUACCUACAGAGGAGACUCGUUUGGAGCUGCUCAAGAACCUCCUCGGUAAACACAGAAACCCUUUAUCUCAGAAAGAGCUGAGUCAGUUAGCCAGGAUGACUGAGGGUUACUCCGGCAGUGAUCUGACCUCACUGGCUAAAGACGCUGCUCUUGGUCCGAUACGAGAACUGAGGCCUGAUCAAGUGAGGAACAUGGAUGCCAGUGAGAUGAGGGACAUCCAUUUUAAUGACUUUGUGGAUUCACUGAAGAGGAUAAAGCGGAGCGUCAGUCCUCAAACGCUGGAUCAGUACGUGCGCUGGAACAGAGAGUACGGCGACACCACGUCUGUAUGACACCAACACGCACUUGGACCUCCUGGUCCUGCAGAACUGGGAGGAAGUGAAAUGUUUGUUUUUUUACUUGGAAUAAAAAUUUUGUCUUUUCUAUGACUAUGCUUUUGCCUCUCACCUGGUGACAGUCGUUUGGAGCUCAGGUUGAGUUCUUGGUUUGACUGAAUUAUGCCCAGAGCUUGAGAUCUCAGCUGAUGUAAAGCAUGACAAAAGAUUUUUUCAACAGAACUGGGCAACUUUAUCCAUGCUAGUUUAAAUCUGUACCUUGAUUGGGUGUGUAAAUUUGAUUGAUGUGUUGUGCUCCAUGUAACCGGAUAAACUGAAUCCUUGAAUGACUGUGUGACAGGAAACGAUGCGUGCUAAAGUCAAUCAAACGUGCUGAAGGAUAUACGUGAUGAUUGAUUAAAGAAUGUACUGCUUGA